UUUGUAUAGAAAUAUAUAAAAACGAAUGCAAAAAGUAGUGUGAUUAUGUUGGUUCGAUUUUUGAAAUGGCAAGAUCAAAAAGUCGAUCUAGAUCUAGAUCGAAAAAACCACGCGCAGAAAAGCCAACAUAUCCGACUGCAAUUGGUGAAUUAUUGGAUGGACGUUUUUUAGUGGAAAGAUAUUUUAAUUCAGAAUUAUUACCCAAUUAUUAUCUCGGAACAUAUCAUGAUUCGGAUCGUACACGUUGGAUAUUUAUCAAAAUGAAACAUAAUCAAGAUUCAAAUGAUAUUGAUAUGAUUCGAUGGGAAUAUAAAAUAUAUAAAUCAUUGGAAACAUCAGCAGGAAUGUUACGUGUACCAAGAGCAUAUUAUAACAUUACAAUGGAAACAGCAAGUGGUCCAUUGCAUAUUGGUACACAUAUACGUUAUAUGUCAAUCAAUGCACAUCGUGGUGUCGAACAAAGUCGUCGUGAUGAUCUUGAAUCGAUUGGUUAUUUAUUAGCAUAUUUAUUUCGUGGUGAAUUACCAUGGAUAGAAUUGGAAAACAAUCCGAAUGAAGAAGAAUGUCAUGAACGUAUUGCUGUUUGUAAAGAAAAAUCAUUAUCAACAAUUUGUCAAAAUAUGUUACCCGAAUUUCAACAAUAUUUAACCGAUGUACGAAAAUUAUCGUUUGAUGAAAAACCAAAUUAUCAAAAUCUAGGUGAAUUAUUUCAAAAUGUUCAACGAUUCAUUGGAUUUGAAUCAAAAUUAGAUCUUUAUGAUUGGAAUGGAUUUCAUCAGCCAAAAAAUUGAUUCACUGAUUUUUUUCAUCAAAAAUUACCGUAACAAACAAACA